CCCAACUCACCUUCUUCUGGAUAAGCUUUCAAUUUCCAAAACAUACUUAAAAAAAAAUAAAACUCUCGAAAAGCUCUCUAAAUAAAUAUCUAACUUCUCUUUAGAUAUUUUCCCAUCAACAGUAAGUAAAACAAGACAGAAUCGAAAAAAUGGCUGCAACAUUGGCAGCAAAUUCAAGUGUUGUGUACAAAGAUGCGCUCCUUCAAAGAGAGCAGCAGCAGCAGCAGCAGCUGCUAUGGAGUGCUUCUGCUUCUGGUAAUUGUUUGUUACUGCACAAAAGUGCUUCUGGGUUAAGCACUAGGAAGCACGAGAAGAAGGUGAGAAGGGAUGUGAGAGUUGAGGGUUUGUGGCCUGAUUUAUCAAGACCGAUUUCUAUAGAAAUGGAAGCCAUCAACGAUGUCGAUGAGCUUGACCAGAUUUUGGGUCGUGCUCAAGAGCUUUCUCAGCCUCUUCUUAUUGACUGGAUGGCUUCUUGGUGUCGGAAAUGCAUCUAUUUGAAGCCUAAGUUGGAGAAAUUGGCAGCUGAAUAUCAUACCAAACUCAAGUUUUAUUAUGUAGAUGUCAAUAAGGUACCUCAAGGGCUAGUGAAGCGCGGAAACAUCUUAAAAAUGCCAACAAUUCAGAUAUGGAAAGAUGGAGAGAUGAAAUCAGAAGUAAUUGGAGGGCAUAAAGCAUGGCUUGUGAUAGAAGAAGUAAGAGAAAUGAUCAACAAGUUUAUAUGAUGAAUCUGAAUAUAGUUCAUGCUUUAUUAUAUGUACAGAUUUCACUUAAUUUCUUGCUCUUCUUCUUAUAGAAAUAUCUUGUAUAGAAAAGUUCCAUUCCAUUCGAAACCUUGUAUAGAAAACACUUGCAUACUGUUGGGGUCUACGGUAUCUCAUAAAAACAAACUUCUUUGGAUCGUUUA